GGUUGAUCGCCGCGAAGAACUUCAUUCCUCCUUCUCGACGUGUUUUUAACCUUUGUUCGUCUUCAUUGUUCUUCACUUCCUGUGUAAUCAAAACUCGCUUUCAUAUCCACUUCGCUCUCCUCAGCAAUUGUCUUCGGACUGCUCACUUAUUCAGUGUGGAUUUCAGUCGGUUUUCCACCUUCCAUGCUUGCCCCGAUUAUUGCUUACAUCUCCAAAAUAAUUUGUUCCUUGAACCUUGGCUCUUGUUUGCACAGAAGCCGAAUUCAGUGUGACUCCAGCUCGCACCAUCUCGAAAGCUGCUGUGACUUGUAUUUCCAGUUCACAAAAACGGGAGAAAUAGUAACACAACGGCCUAUUGAACCUGUUCCUCGUUCAGUUAUGAUCGUGGCUGAUCUCCGAUUCAGCUUCCCCCUGCCCGUCUGCUUGUUUAAAGGGCCAUAUAUUUGCUUAUUGCAGCCUUAGACGUGUUCAACCAUGGACUAUCCACAAUUCUUUGGGAGAGAUUAUUCCAAAAACUUUCACAACCUUUCAGAAGGCCAAGUCUAAAUAUUGAAGAUGUUGUCGCGACUUAAUUUGGCUGUAAGACCAUGUGUGCAUAUGUGCCGUUCUGUCCACACGAAGGAGAAGGGCAAACCACUGAUGUUGAGUCCCAGGACAAAUAAGGGCAUGGCAUUCACGUUAGAGGAACGACAGAUUCUUGGCCUGCAUGGACUUCUACCUCCUAAAAUAGAAACGCAAGAAAUUCAAGCAAUGCGCUUUAAACAGAAUCUGGAAAAAAUUCAUGAUCCUCUAACGAAGUACGUUUAUGUGAUGGGGAUACAGGAAAGGAAUGAAAAACUCUUCUAUAGGGUUUUGCUUGACAACAUUGAAGAGUUGCUGCCAAUUGUUUAUACACCGACAGUGGGCUUGGCCUGUUUACAGUAUGGACACAUCUUUAGAAGGCCAAAGGGUGUCUUUAUUUCCAUCCUGGACAAAGGUCAUGUUAGAUCAAUUCUUGACAACUGGCCAGAUACGAAUGUAAAGGCUGUAGUCGUAACAGAUGGAGAACGGAUAUUGGGACUUGGAGAUCUCGGUGUUUAUGGGAUGGGGAUCCCAGUUGGAAAGCUGUGCCUAUACACAACUUGUGCUGGAAUUGAUCCCCGUAGUUGUCUUCCUGUGUGCAUCGAUGUGGGCACUGACAAUGAGAUGCUGUUGAAAGAUCCCUUUUACAUGGGUCUUUACCAGAAGAGAGAUCGUUCACACUGCUAUGACGAACUUAUUGAUGAAUUUAUGGAAGCAAUUGCAGACAAGUAUGGUCGCAAUACCCUUAUUCAGUUUGAAGACUUUGGGAAUCAAAAUGCCUUUGGAUUUUUGAGGAGAUACCAAAAUAAAUAUUGUACAUUUAACGAUGAUAUUCAAGGCACAGCAGCAGUAGCACUGGCGGGACUGUUCUCAGCCCAGAGAGUGAUUAACAGACCAAUCAAGGAUCACAGGUUUUUGUUCCUCGGUGCAGGGGAGGCAGCCCUGGGAAUUGCUGAUUUGAUUGUGCUGGCCAUGAAAGAAACCGGAAUAUCAGAAGAGGAAGCUCAAAAGAAAAUAUGGAUGUUUGACAAAUAUGGCUUACUUUAUCAGGGUCGAUUGCAGCCGAUUGAUAAGCACCAAGAACCUUAUGUCCACACUGCACCUGAUCAGAAAAUUGAGACAUUUCUGGAUGUAGUUAAUACUUUACAGCCCACUGCUAUUAUUGGGGUAGCAGGUGCUGGAAGACUGUUCAGCAAAGAUGUGAUUAAUGCCAUGGGAAGGAUUAACGAACGACCUAUAAUUUUUGCACUGAGUAAUCCAACAGAGAAAGCUGAAUGUACUGCAGAGGAUGCAUAUACUUUAACCGAGGGAAGGUGCCUUUUUGCCAGCGGUAGUCCAUUUGACUCAGUUACUCUACCGGAUGGACGUGUAUUUCAACCAGGACAAGGAAAUAAUGCUUAUAUCUUCCCUGGUGUGGCACUGGCUGUAAUUCUUGUUGGGGUUCGUACGAUCAGCAGUCACGUUUUCUUGGCAGCUGCAAAGGCACUGGCUGAGCAGGUGACCAAUGUUGAGUUAGCCCAAGGGCGCCUUUAUCCACCCUUAUCUAAGAUCCGUAAAGUGUCCAUUCACACUGCAGCUAAGGUUGCAGAAUACUUGUAUGCAAAUAACAUGGCAUUCGAGUUUCCAGAACCUGAGGACAAAGAAGAGUAUUUUCUGUCAAAGGUUUGGAAGACGGACUAUGAGUCAUUCCUUCCAGAUGUUUAUGAUUGGCCAGAGUCUGCGACAAGGCUACCUAAGUUGUAGAUCUAUGCUUUGUUUAAAGAACUUCUUGUGUAUUUACUAAUUAUGGAAUGUUUUCCAGCUGGCAGCAGACCACUCUUUAAAUUCUCUAACUUGCCAAUCUCCUCCUCUUUGUACCUUGCAAAAUAACUUUAUGAACUUGAUCUGUUUUCCUGUUUCAUUAAUCACUAUUCAUAGGAAGUGUACAACUUAUUUCAAAGAAAGAAAGAACUUUGUUUAUAUGGUUUUCAUUGUCUUAGGAUGUCCUCAAGUACUUUAUAGCUAACUUAGUCUUUCAAUGAUGUAGCCAUUGUUCUGCAACAAAUGCAGUUACCAGUUUGAAAUACAGAUUUCUCUAAUUUUUAAUCUGAAAGAUGGUCCCUUCAACAAAGCAGCAGUACUUGAAUCUGUCUCAUUUGUGUCUUGAAAUCUUGAAGUUUUUGACUUAACUCGAGAGCCUGGGCACUGAGCCAAGUUCAAUGUUGCAGAACCUUGUAUGCAUUUAAAAAUAAAAAUGUUCUAUCACCUUUUGGAAAUCCGUUUUACUGGUAAAGCAUUAGAUACGAUACUACUUUCCUCAGAAAUUCUAAAACUUUUCACUAUGUUGGGUGAAAGUAUAUGUGAGUAUCCAGGAAAUGAUAACAUUUUCUAAAACUGCAAAGUCUGUAAUUGGAAGACAUACCUGAAGAUUCUGGUGUAUUUUUACAUAUUGAAUCAUAUUUUGGAUACUAUAUGGUGAAUGUGAAGGACAAAUGCCAGGAAUAAAAGAUUAAAAACACACAUUCUGUAAAUUUUUGGCUUUCACAUGUUCAAGAAACAGCUCUAAACUUCUCUGUUCCAGCCUCUACCAAUGCUGACUGAGAAUUUUCAGCAUAUUCUUCCCAGAUUUAGGGUAUCUUGCUUUUGUAUCCGGAGUUAAUCAGCUGGCUGAUAUUUGAAAAGGAAAACAAGAGUACUGCCUUGCUGGUCUUGAUUUUUUAAAAUACUUUUUUUGGGUAUUAAACCAUUGGUGAUAACAUUUGCAAUAUUAUUGAUUCUGCCACCAUGAUGGGUCUAGGCCCAAAACAACAGCUUUUUUGCUGUUAAGAUGCUGCUUGGCCUGCUGUGUUCAUCCAGCUCUACACUUCUAUUAUGUAUAGAUUUACUGUUGGUCUAUUUCAGUGUCAAUGUGCUGGCUGACCCCUUUUUACAGAUUUCUGAAAAGAUCCAAUCUAUUGCCUGAGCUGACCCCUCAGUGCACUUGACAAGCCUCUAUAGGAACUUGCUGCUCAAAAUCCUUGGCUUGAAAUAUGCCUUUACCUAAUUCAUUACAAACUAAAUGAAAAAGUGAGAGUUCUUGAGUAGUCACUAAGGGAUAUUGGAUUACAGGGUAGUUAGAUCUGUUCCACUUUUAAGUUUCAGUUGGUAGCUAUUCUGCAAAGGCUGAAUCUUUAUACAAUGGAAAGAGUGGCUUUAGGUGGAAAAACUGUGAAUCCGCACGAGACAAAUAGCGAUUUAAAAGAAAAUGUGUGCCAUUUCGAAUGUCUUGCACGUGUCUGCUCUAAAUCUGGACUAGCUGAGUGUCAACUAAAUGGGAUUAAUUUGAACUUUCCUAAGAUAAAAACCAAAUGGUAGCAAAUUAGUUGUGCAUUUUAAACUUUUACUGUUGACCUCUUCCAGCAUUUGUUGCUUGUUUGAUAAAGGAGUGUAAUUUCUGGUCACUUUGAAAUCCUGGAGAUGUUUACAAAGAAUUGGGCUGGAAUGGCACUAGUGUAUUUUGAGCUGUUGAUUGAGCCUGUUGAAUGUGUCGACACCUAUGAAGUGUAGAUGUAAAUUUUUGAGAUCAGUAACUUUUAAAAUGGACUAUAGCUGUAAUACUUUUUGAAACUUAAACACAAUUAUCAUCAGUGUCACAGUUCAGAAAAAUAUGAGAAGAGAAAUAGCUGUCUGCAAGAGAAACCAGGAAGGUUCUCGAAGCACUUUCCAAUUCAAAUCCUGCAUUUGAAUUAAUCAUUUUUCAUAAAUAAGACUUUGUGAUAGUGGGAAUUGUGACCUAAAACUUUGUCUCUGGUUUAUCCAAAACACUUGUCAGAGUGGAAUGCACUGAAAGACAUGCUUGCAUAUGGUAAAGGUUUUAUUUAUUGAUGAUCAGCGGUAACUUCUUGACACCAUACUGAUUUUAAAUUUUUUUUAAACCAUGAUUCUUGAUUCCCCUGCCUUGGAGUGUAGGCUUUGUGAUUUUACAAAUUUUCUUCAUGAAGUCUUGAGUUGAAUGUGAACAACAUUGGCAGAUUUACUGAUGGUCCAUGUGUUAUGUAUUGAUGUUUGUCAGUAAUUGCUUAUUACUGAAAUAAUAAAACAGUUUCCAGUA